GAAGGCUUUCCAGGAUACAGACAUAGCCAGUAACGCCCUCGAUCCAGAAAAACGUGGGAGACUCUCAAGUCGGAGAACAGCUGAGGUAGAAACGCCAAUUUACCUGCUAGGUUAAGCGGACUGCGUUUGGAAGAGCAAUCUACACCUACCAGUCAGUCCAAAGAGGAGAGAAGAGAAAUCGAAUGCGCCGCGCGACAAACAUCCUCUGUCUCGCAAGUCAUCUACAACCGCAUCGCAUACAAUCCAUAUCAACAGCAACGACAACCACGCCCUCACCACCAACAAUAGGGAAAAUGUCCGCAUCACCACCGCCAUCCGCGGCAGCGCCCUGGCGCAGCCUCUUCCUCUCGCAUCUGGAGGGCAUGGACUCGGCCGAGUUCACGUUGAGCACGCUGCGUCGCGCCUCCUCCUCCUCCUCCUCCUCUUCUUCGGCUGGCGGACGUCGCUCGUCGAUCCUCGCUGCGCCCUUGUACGUCCCGCGGGCCCGCACGUGCAUAUGUCGGGGCCUAUGGGCGCAUUUGCCCAUCAACCCGAAGAACGAGGCCGAGUUGAACCCGGAGGGUGUCUGGGAGAGCGAGUUGAUUACCUUUACGACGGAUGUUCGGAUGGAUAAAAUGGAGGAGCUUUGGGAGAACGGGCUCGACUUCGACCUACGAACAGGUGGGAGACGAGGCACGGACCCAGGCUCGCCGACAACAGGCAAGGUCGGCGAGGAGCUCUGGGAAGACAGCCUGGCGAGAAUGAAGGGGAAGAGAAGCAGCUCGGACGAAAACGCCGCCAAGUCCUCGAAAGAGCGGAAACUGAAGGGCUCCGGAGGCGGCGGGACAGUCGAGGCCGUGUUCUGGGCCCGCGAGCCCGGCGUCCAGUGGCGCGUGCGCGGCCGCGCGUACGUCCUGGCCCCGGACAUCGAGACGUCCCCCGAGGGCCGCGAGGUCGUGUCCGCGCUGAAGAGCCGCAUGCGCAAACAGAGCCAGAGCCAGAGCGAAGAAGAGUCGCAAUGGAGCUUCGCGCGCGAAAUCACGGCGCAUUUCGGCAAUCUCAGCCCCGCGAUGCGCGGCACCUUCCGCAACCCGCCGCCGGGCAGGCCCGUCCAUUUACCUGUCGAGGACAAGGGGCUGGGGCUGGGGCAGAAGGUCGCGGAUCUGGAGGACGCUGUUGCCAGGGCGAAUUUCCGCGUCGUGGUCAUCGUCCCGGAGGAGUUGGAUCAGGCGGAUCUGAGCGAUCCGGAGAAUCCGAAGAGAUGGAUACAUACGUAUGUCGGGGCGGGGGAUAAAGGGAAGGGGGGCUGGGAGACUGUUGAGGUUUGGCCUUGAUUUCGACGAUGAAGAGAGCAUGUCUAGUGCGGAGUGGAGUGAAUAUUGCUAUGAGAUUGAUGUCGAGGAAUGAAGAGCAGUAUCUCUGACGAUUGGUCUUGGAGUACUGAUGCGAGGUUGGUCUUUCGGACUGUGAGACUCUCACUUCUUAUCUGUAUCAUAUUUCCACUUAUUCAAAAGAGGCGUAUUUCACUUCUACCACAUCUUUUCUAU